AUGAUUAAACAAACAACAAAUACAAAUGUAAUAGAUGUAGAUGUUCUCGAGGAAGAAUGCAGCGGUGGUAAUAAAAAUAAUGGUAAUAACGAUAAUAAUGCACAGAAAACCGUACCAGAUAAUCAAUGGAAAACGAUUGGAAAAGGCAGAAAGCCCAAGCUAGGGCCAGAGCCAGGUGAACCUUUGGUCAGUAUGGGCGGGGCGACUAGCCGCAAAAAAAAGAGGGUGAGAGAAAAUAAGAGUCUCGCCAAACUAAUUGGUAAGCCAGCUGAGGGUAAAAUCUAUGCAGAGGUGCUGGGAACGAUACGCGGUAAGCUCCAACCUGAGAAGACGGAGACCGUAAUUCGAUCUGUUCGGAAAACCCACGAAGGUGGCGUGCUUAUCGAAAUGGAGCGUUGUGGCGACCACUCAGCAUUUAAGGAAAAUGUGUGCACUGCCAUUGGCCAGCUUGGAGAUGCCCGUAUUUUCACUAGACAUUUACGUCUAGAAGUUCUGGGCAUGGACUGCCUAACCACGGCCCCAGAAGUGGAGAAGACUAUACGCGGGGAAUUAGGAGACAAGAUGAAGGGUCAACUUCGCGUCUCUCUCCUCGCUGUAAACUCGCAAGAACAAAGAAUGGCCGUGGUGGAAAUCGACGAACUGCCAGGCCGGCCUUUUAUUGAAAAGGGGAAGCUGCGAUAUGUGAUUAAUUUUGCGACAACGAUUGCUAAAAUUGCGCGUAUUACCAACUUAGCUCAUGAAGCGUAUAACGAGCUCCAUGGAAGCAACCGAAGAUGGUGGGUCCAUCCGGUUAACAUUACACGCGAGGAAGAAGGAUUUUUUAAAACAUGUAUUCAACAGCUUAAAGAAAAGGAUGAGGAGCAUUUUUUUAAAGCAACUCGGAUAAACGUUUCUAGCUUCAAUUUAUUGUUGUCACUGCUAAAAGAAAGAAUGGAGCGAUUUUCUAAUAGGAAGGCAGUUGAUCCUGAGACGCGUUUGGCGGUAACACUUAUUUUCUUAGCACAAGGAUGCAAUUUCCAUGUGAUUUCUUGGGCUUACAAGCUUGGAAUUUCAACUGUUCGGAAAAUCAUAUAUGAAACAUGUGACGCUAUUUGGGGUGAGUUACAGGUUGUCUAUUUGUCACCUCCAAACGUAAGCGAACUUAAAGCCAUUGCAAACAAGUUUUACGUAAAGACUGGCAUGCCUAAUUACUUAGGAGCUAUAGAUGGGAAGCACAUCCGUAUAGUCAGUCCAAGGAACAGCGGAUCAUUGUACUACAAUUACAAAAAAACGUUUAGCAUUGUACUAAUGGCGGCUUGCGAUGCUAAUUAUGUGUUUACAUAUGUAGAUGUCGGAGCACUAGGCAGCCAAAGCGACGGUGGAGUACUUUCCCGCAGUGCCUUUGGAAGAAAAUUGUUGAAUGGCACUCUAGAAGUUCCUUGCGACACAAAUUUGCCAGGUACAUCGACUAACUUUCCGUAUUAUUACGUUGGCGACAGUGCGUUUCCACUGAAACAAAAUUUAAUGCGACCAUUUCCCGGCCGUAACUUACCACAAAACAACUUGAAACUUGCACUUUAUUACUUUAAAAUUUAA